CGACGUGACAGCUGCUGGGAGCUGCGUGUGACGCGUCCACGCCUCCGCGUCACCUCACAGGUGAGCUCACUUAAAAGUUAAUGAGCGUCACGCGCUGUCAAACGCGAGAACGCGGGUAACGCUGCGAAGGAGGUCAUCGCGACCCGUCGGCUUCAUCAGGAGAGGAAGAGAAGUUGUGAAAUGCAUUAUGAGUGACUCAGAGCAGCAACACGAUGCAGAGCAGGUGUGCGAGCCGCAGUGGCCUGAGAAUGGAGAGGACUGGAGUGAUGGAGAAGGUGGGACGGAUAUGGACUCGGGGCUUCUGCAGGCCAUGGCAGAGGAAGAUGAGGAGAUAAACGUCCACAACGAGGAGACGUUUGGGAUGGAUUUGGAUGCAAACGGGACCACAGAAGAGUCCAGCAGCAGCCUUCAGUUUGGAGAGGCUCCGCCGCCGCCGCCGCCACCACCACCACCUGCAACACCCCCUCCCCCACAGCCCAAACCUCGCUCUCCCCGCAGAGCCCCGUCGCCUCCCCAACAGAAGCCGCAGUAUUUUCCGCGGGCUUCCUUGAGGCAGCGCGGCAGAAGUAGGGGACAGAGAGGAGCUCUGGGCAGGGGGCAGAUGUUUGAAGACCCAGCUGUGAUGAGAAUAAUCGAGGGCCGACCGAGCCUCAAGAGCCUUGACAGUGCCAUAGUAGAUUGCGGGACCGCCAUGUACCAGCGUCCCUUUGAGGAUGAUACGAUGAUGCCCUCUUACAGAAAAACCAGAAGAACCUCAGGAUCCAUACUUGAGGACAGUGCUAUAGUGUGUGUGAUUGGUCACAGAGGUAGAGGUCAGCACCUGAACUCCAACUUUGUUGACUUGCCGUACUCCGCCGGGCCCCUUUAUGGGGUCAGGCGAGGGGAAUCCAGAGGAUUGUACUCCAGAAGACCGUUUGGCCAUCGAGGACCCACUCAGGUGUACCCACCCAUAGUACCAAGAUCCCCCCUCUUCCCACGUCAGCCACGCCAGCAUUACAAUCAGCAGACCAGGGCAUUCAUGUUUCCUCCAGCCCACCCCUGCCCCUCGACGCCUCAGACUCCCAAAAUGAUGCAACUUCGCUUUGGAGCCAACUCACCAAGGCCGUCCCCCUUUUACAGCCCCUCUUCUAAUCCAGUACAGCCUUUCAGGUACCCCGGUCCAGCCACGCAGCUUCAUCCCCAACACAAACGACUGCUUAGUCAAAAACAGCGGCUAUUCCAAAGAAAGCCAGAGGGCUGGGAUCCGUACUGUAACCUCAUGACGGCCAAAGAGAAGGAGUGGAUCACCCGGCUGCAGAUGAUCCAGCUGCAAAGUGAGAAUCCUUACCUUGAAGACUACUACUAUCAGGAGUACUAUCGUCGAAUAGAAGCAAAGAUGGCCGAAGAGGAGCUGGGCAUAAGGAGCAAGAGGGAGCCCCCUAAGCUCACCACGCCUUACGUCAAAAAAACAGACGCCUACACGCCAGUGGUGCACAUUGAAGGCUCUUUGGGUCAAGUUGCAGUUUCCACGUGUUACUCUCCUCGCCGAGCCAUCAGUGCUGUUCAUGCAGUCCAGCCUCAGGUUCUGCUUGAGACUCAGAAAGACACCAGACUACAGCGAUUAGACAUCCUUAACAAAAUAGAAAAGUUGUUCAUGGUUCUGUUAGAGGUGGAGGAAACGGAGAGGAUGAAAACUCCAUUGUUGUCCGAAGCAGAAGAAAGGAGGUUGAUGGAGAAGAUUCAGAGGAAAGUGGAGCACAUCUACUCCCAGCUGCAGCACCACAAUCCCCUGGAAUCGGGAGGGGACUUCCUUCCUUUUCUGCUCAUCUCCAAAGGCAAAAAGCUCGUCGCCCGUCUGCUGCCGUUCUUGAAACACGAUUCUGCACUAAAAAUCUUGCGUGUUGUCACCACUAACCUACCAACACUGAUGAGCAGAGACACAGACGAGACCCUUCCAGUGCUUUACCCACCUCUUCGAAAUGUGAUCGGUGGGAUGGCGUUCAGUCAGCUCAUUGGCAUCCUUAAAGAUCUGACCUCUUUGGAGUCUCUAACGGCAUACGAGUGUCUUGAGCUGGCAUGUCAGAACAAGUUCGGACUGUCCUUACUGUACGCUCUGCUCUCCCAUGGAGAGAAGCUGCUGUCCUCGGGUGUUCCUCUAGAGCCCAGCAUCGGGGACUUUGAGACCUGGACUGACAUCAUAUUCCAGGUGGCAGGACAACUAUCCCAGUGUUCGCUGGUGGAGCCGCUCCUCCUGCCCUCAAACCUGCUCACUCUCUUCUGCCGUUACCUGGACAAGCGUACGGUGCAUCAGCUGAAAAGCAACAUGGAGUCUGUUACUGGAUGCCUGGCUCUUCCAUCUUAAGGUGGACAGCGGUGGCUGGUGUUCUAUUGAUGACCAGGAUGCCGUGAGCACUAGAGUGAAAGGAGGCGAGGCACAAACCCCCCUCGGUGCUCAUUGAAACGGACGCUAUAUAUGUGCAUUUAAUGUCCUUUGACCUUUUUGAUUCUUAUUCCCUCCCCUCACCUGUUCCCUCACAUUUUUUUUUUUUUUGCACUUGAACUGUUUCCCUCUUUUUUUGUUUUCCUUUUAUCUGAUCAUCUUACUUUCCUCACUUUGGUUUCCAGUAGGUUACAUCAGCGUUACAAUGAAAUCGCAACCCUCCCAUUUUCCCGAUUUGGACCUUAAACCUCUACAUUUAGAUUCAGUCACUUCUAAAUGUGCUGUUUCACACUUGGUGACCAGGGUGUGGAUUGUAUAGUAGUGUGUGAUUGUACAGCUGAACCAAUAUGUUGACCAUUUGAAAACCAUUUAAGGACGUUGUUGUGGCCCAUCAAUGUGCCGUGCGGUUUUGGAUUUUGUUGAAGGGCUUGCAUUGUUUAUACUUGUAGUGAACGUAAUAGGAUGCAUUUGUAAAUUUCUAUCUGAAAAGUUUAUGUUGUGAAGAGAGAUUUUAUUUAUUCAUUUGGAAACAGGAAUAAUUUAAACUGCACCUUUGUACAGCACUUGCAAUAUAAAUAAAAAAAAAAAACUUUGAAAUUGCU